CCCAGCCUUUAAAUCCAUAUACGCCUCGUGUGUUUUUUUGUGGACGUGGAGUGUACUCCCAAAAUCUCCUUUGCAAAUGGGCUCCGUCGCCUAGCGUUUACUCCCCUGAGCCAGGUCACCUGUGGUCUGAAGCCGCUGGGAUUUUGCUGAGCGAAGCGUCAAGUCUUAAAGGGUUUACAACUUGCACAAGAACGAAGACAAAGAAACAUGGCAGCAAUCCCGUCAAGCGGCUCCCUUGUGGCAACCCACGACUACUACCGAAGGCGUCUGGGUUCCACUUCCAGCAACAGCUCCUGUGGAAGUGCAGAGUAUGGGGAGGUCAUCCCUCACCAUCCAGGUCUCCCCAAGUCUGACCCUGGGCACUGGUGGGCCAGUUUCUUCUUUGGAAAGACGACCCACCCAGUCAUGACAACUGUGUCGGAAUCCCCAGAGAACUCAGGCACUUUCCAGGUGGCGAACGGCAUGAUCACAUGUGGCCUGGCUCAGGACGUGAUGAGGAAGCGCCACGCCAGCGAGCCCAGCAAACCGAACGCGGGUCCCACCGCGUGAGGAGGCUGGCUCCCCCCUGGCCAGACGCUUCUGACUUGAACGCUAGGAGGCAGAGCCCAUUUUCCACUCCCCUUCCCCGUAGAGUAGGGCAGGCUGCUUCGAGUACUCCUUAGACGUAGGUUUUUAUAAAAGCAAGAAACGGCAACUAAAAAGGAAAAAAAAAAGAGAAAUCUUCUGUACCAUCCUUUUCUACAACUUUCUUUUUCUUUUCUUUUUUUGGUGCAGCUACGUCUUCUAACCCCUCCCUCCCCACCCAACGAAGCCUUGUUUAACACUUCAUUCUUGUUUUGUACUCGUCUGAUGGAAACUAAUAAAUCCUGAGCAGCCUUUUAAA